AUGUCUUCUCCUAACACACCAAAUGUGGCCUUCAUCGGGCUUGGAGCAAUGGGAAUGGGUAUGGCGACAAAUCUACUGAAGACCUUCUCUGUUGCUGGCUUCGAUGUUUACGGGCCCACGCUCGAGAAAUUUAGAUCUGCGGGUGGACACACAGCUACGACACCGCGAUCUGCGGUUUCCAAUGCGAAGUAUAUCGUCAUUAUGGUAGCAACGGCGGCUCAGACGCUCUCGGUCCUUUUCGACGACGUCACUGGAGCGAUUCACGAAUUGCAACCAAAUGCCACGAUCAUAUUGAGCUCCACUGCUUUUCCUGAACAUGUACCAGAAGUCAGACAGUUACUCGACAAUAAAUAUAAUAGGAAGGAUGUGGAUUUGGUAGAUGCACCCGUCUCUGGAGGGACAGGUCGGGCAGCUCUAGGAACACUUGUAGUUCUCGCUUCUGGGCCCGAAAAGUCCAUUGAAGCGGCAAAACCAGUGUUGAAUGCAAUGGCAGACCCGCUAUAUAUAAUACCUGGCGGGCUGGGAGCGGGCACAAAAGUUAAAAUGGUGCAUCAAGCUCUUGCGGGUAUACACAUGAUCAUGGCGUCUGAGGCAAUGGGAUAUGCUGCAUUCUUGGGUCUCAAUACUAAGCAGGCUUUUGAUUACCUUACGAAGUCACCAGGAGGAAGCUGGAUGUUGGAAAAUCGAGCACCGCAUAUGUUGGAGAAUAAUUUGCAUCCGCAUUCGGCUCUAAAUAUCAUGGUUAAGGAUAUGGGUAUAGUGACAGCUGAUGGACGUAGAGUGAAGUGUCCACUAUUUCUUUGUUCUGCGGCUGAACAGGUGUUGGUGUCAGGAGUACGUUCUGGAUUUGGGUUGGAAGAUGAUUCUGGACUAGUCAGAGCUUAUAUUCCCACUCAGCCGAGUCUUGUCUUUGAACAUACCACAGCCGCUGCGAUAACUCCGGACGACCCGAGAUUGAAGCUAGUUGAGGAUAUAUUAGCAGGGGUACAUUUAGUUGCAGCAACAGAAGCAAUGGCCUUUGCUCAGGCUAUAGGUCUGGACUCUAAGAUGCUAUAUGAUAUCGUAAAGGGUGCGGCGGGAGCAAGUGCUAUGUUCGUGGAUCGAGUGCCAGCCUUGCUAAGUGGAAAAUGUGCCUCUAAUUCCUCUAUUGAUGAUAUCAUUGCUCGUCUGGAGAUAGCAAUCGAGGAAGCGAGCCGAGUCAAAUUUCCGUUGCAUCUCGCAGCAACAGCUUUACAAAUUUUACAGUUGGCAAGUGCUCGAGGUUUCGGUGAUGAACCUGAUGUGGCGGUUGCGAAAAUAUGGGACAGUAAGGUCAAAUUUCCCUCGCCUGUCUUUGUAUAG